UCUCUGAUUCUCUGCUGGGGCUGAAGCGAAGGACAGCCGACUGCGCCAGCGCGGGCUUCCCGGAGAGAGGCGGGCGCGACCCCAGCCCGCUGCGCCGGACGAGCUGGGCCCCGGAGGCCCGAGGGGGCGCCCGGCAUGUGGGACCCUCAGGACUUUGAGCGCCACUGGCGGGCCGAGUUCCCCGGGGAGGAGGCCCCCGUCAUGCGGCUGGACUCUGUGCUGGACAUGGAGCGGGAGCUGGAGCGCUGCAAACUCAACCUGAAGCGUCUGCAACAGGUGCUGGCCGAGGAGAAGUUCAAAGUGUCCUACCUGCAGGCGGCCCUGGCCGGGGAGAAGCGGGACCUCGCCGGUGGGCCCCUGGAGGGCGGGGGCAGCGGCAGCGCGGGAGAGGCGGCGGAGGGGCCGGCGCCUGCCGGGCCGGAGCGCGCGCCGCCACCGCGCCGGGAGGAGGGCCCCGCAGGCGGCGGCGGAGACCCCCCGGGCCCUGCGCCCCCUCCCCCGGAGGCAGCCGCGAAAGCCGAGCCUCUCUCCUCCGUGUGCCUGGACCUUCCCACCUGGCCCGGGGCGGCGGGGACAGGGGGCGCCGUGCGCAGCUUGACCGCCGCCAUCCACCAGCAGCUGCUGCAGCCUCGCCUCCUCUUCACUCCCCGGGAGGACUGUGCGCCCCCCGGCCACGAUGGCACGGUUCCCAGCGCCCCCGGCGAGGAGCUGUCCUCCAGGACCCACGAGGGGCGGAGCUCGGAGGAGGGAGAGCCCGACGCCUCCGGCGCGGACGAUGGGGGCGACAGCAGUGACCACGACUUCGAGAUGGUGGAAUUGAACGAGAAAUUCGUCCUCAGCCACUUGCUCGUGGCCCCCUACCGGCUCGGGACCCGAGAUGAGGCAGAAAAGCCGGUGCGGGCGUGCAGCCCCCAUCGCUGGAUGCACCUGCUUCCCGGGGGCUGGCGGCAGCAACGCCGGAGCCACGACCUGGAGCAGCUGGAGGCGGAGGCCAAGGACGGGCGGAGCUCGCCCCUGGCGGCAGAGGAGCCCCCCCGGCGCGGGGCUCGCGAACACCUCCCCCCGUGGCGGCGCAAGCGGUUCCUGCGGGUGCCGGAGCGGGACUCGCCCAGCCACAGCUCGCCCGAGAGGGGCAGCGACUGCAGCCGCAACAGCUCGGACCACGAGGACGGCUCCUCUGCAGACUUCAGCUACGGGGCAGACGACUACGACGGAGAGGGGAAUGAGGAGCAGAAGGGGCCCCCGGAGGGCUCGGAGACCAUGCCGUACAUCGACGAGUCACCCACCAUGUCACCCCAGCUCAGCGCCCGUAGCCAGGGCGGCGGGGACAGCAUCUCCCCCACUCCACCCGAGGGGCUGGCACCUGGGGUGGAUGCAGGGAAGGGCCUGGAGAUGAGGAAGCUGGUUCUCUCGGGGUUCCUGGCCAGCGAAGAGAUCUACAUUAACCAGCUGGAAGCCCUGUUGCUGCCCAUGAAACCCCUGAAGGCCACAGCCACCACCUCCCAGCCCGUGCUCACCAUCCAACAGAUCGAGACCAUCUUCUACAAGAUCCAGGACAUCUACGAGAUCCACAAGGAGUUCUAUGACAACCUCUGCCCCAAGGUGCAGCAGUGGGACAGCCAGGUCACCAUGGGCCACCUCUUCCAGAAGCUGGCCAGCCAGCUUGGUGUGUACAAAGCGUUUGUGGAUAACUAUAAAGUCGCUCUGGAGACAGCUGAGAAGUGCAGCCAGUCCAACAACCAAUUCCAGAAGAUCUCCGAGGAACUCAAAGUGAAAGGUCCGAAGGACUCCAAGGACAGCCACACGUCAGUCACCAUGGAAGCUCUGCUCUACAAGCCCAUUGACCGAGUCACCAGGAGCACCCUGGUCCUACACGACCUGCUGAAGCACACACCUGUGGAUCACCCAGACUACCCACUGCUGCAGGAUGCCCUCCGUAUCUCCCAGAACUUCCUGUCCAGCAUCAAUGAGGACAUUGACCCCCGCCGGACUGCUGUCACAACCCCCAAGGGGGAGACGCGGCAGCUGGUGAAGGACGGCUUCCUGGUGGAAGUGUCGGAGAGCUCCCGGAAGCUGCGACAUGUCUUUCUCUUUACGGAUGUCCUACUGUGCGCCAAGCUCAAGAAGACAUCCGCGGGGAAGCACCAGCAAUAUGACUGCAAAUGGUACAUCCCCCUGGCCGACCUAGUGUUUCCAUCCCCUGAGGAGUCUGAGGCCAGUCCUCAGGUGCACCCCUUCCCAGACCAUGAGCUGGAGGACAUGAAAAUGAAGAUCUCCGCCCUUAAGAGUGAAAUCCAGAAGGAGAAAGCCAACAAAGGACAGAGCCGGGCCAUUGAGCGCCUGAAAAAGAAGAUGUUUGAGAAUGAGUUCUUGCUGCUGCUCAAUUCCCCCACAAUCCCUUUUCGGAUCCACAAUCGGAAUGGAAAGAGCUAUCUGUUCCUCCUGUCCUCAGACUAUGAGAGGUCCGAGUGGAGAGAAGCCAUUCAGAAACUGCAGAAGAAGGAUCUCCAGGCCUUUGUCCUGAGCUCAGUGGAGCUCCAGGUGCUCACGGGAUCCUGUUUCAAACUUAGGACUGUACACAACAUUCCUGUCACCAGCAAUAAAGACGACGACGAGUCUCCAGGACUGUAUGGCUUCCUCCAUGUCAUCGUCCACUCUGCCAAGGGGUUUAAGCAGUCAGCCAACCUGUAUUGUACCCUGGAGGUGGAUUCCUUUGGCUAUUUUGUCAGCAAAGCCAAAACCAGGGUGUUCCGGGACACGACAGAGCCAAAGUGGGACGAGGAGUUCGAGAUCGAGCUGGAGGGCUCUCAGUCCCUGAGGAUCCUGUGCUACGAGAAGUGCUAUGACAAGACCAAGGUCAACAAGGACAACAACGAGAUCGUGGACAAGAUCAUGGGCAAAGGGCAGAUCCAGUUGGAUCCACAAACUGUAGAAACCAAGAACUGGCACACGGAUGUGAUUGAGAUGAAUGGGAUCAAAGUGGAAUUCUCCAUGAAAUUCACCAGCCGAGACAUGAGCCUGAAGAGGACCCCAUCCAAAAAGCAGACCGGCGUCUUUGGUGUGAAGAUCAGCGUGGUGACUAAGCGGGAGCGCUCCAAGGUGCCCUACAUCGUCCGGCAGUGUGUGGAAGAGGUGGAGAAGAGGGGCAUCGAGGAGGUCGGCAUCUACCGGAUAUCAGGGGUGGCCACGGACAUCCAGGCACUGAAGGCCGUCUUCGAUGCCAAUAACAAGGACAUCCUGCUUAUGCUGAGUGACAUGGACAUCAACGCCAUUGCUGGCACCCUCAAGCUCUACUUCCGGGAGCUGCCCGAGCCCCUCCUCACAGACAGACUUUACCCAGCCUUCAUGGAGGGCAUCGCCCUGUCAGACCCUGCUGCCAAGGAAAACUGCAUGAUGCACCUGCUCCGCUCCUUGCCCGACCCCAACCUCAUCACCUUCCUCUUCCUGCUGGAACACUUGAAAAGGGUUGCUGAGAAGGAGCCCAUCAACAAAAUGUCCCUUCACAAUCUGGCGACCGUGUUUGGCCCCACGUUACUGAGACCCUCAGAAGUGGAGAGCAAAGCACACCUCACGUCGGCAGCAGACAUCUGGUCCCAUGAUGUCAUGGCACAGGUCCAGGUCCUCCUCUACUACCUGCAGCACCCCCCCAUUUCCUUCGCAGAACUGAAGCGGAACACACUGUACUUCUCCACGGAUGUGUAGCCGGAGGUGGGAGCAGCUGUGCUGUGGGGGGCGGCCCCAGCCAGCCUCUCCAGCCAGGGGACCCAACAAAGACUUGAAAGACUACAAUUUAAAACUCCCAAACCCACCACUCCGGACUCCAAGGGACGCAGAUUUCCAAAAACUGGAAUAUGUGCAUCUUUUGUGCCACCUUGUACAAAGCCAGCUGACCCAGCCCCAGCCUCACCGCCACACCCCGGGCUCCUGCCCUCUGUACCUCUAGUUGUGUCUAAUGCUCUGUGCUGUUCCGGAAUUGUUUUAUGUCUGUUUGUCAUGCAGAAAAGGUAGUGACCGACCGGGUGUGGGCACACGGACAGCCUGCUUUGUUCUUUCAUUUCCUCCAACACUUUCUUUCCUCCCGAGUCCAGUCCAAGGGCUUUCAUUUUGCGCCCUGUAACUGCUGCCAGCUUAUCCUCUCCUGGCCCUGCUCCCAGAUUGCAGUCUCCCGGCAGCCUCCCCUCAGUUUCCCUCCACCCUCCCUUCCCUCCCAGCCUGCCCACAUGCAUGUGCAGCCUCAGUUUUCGCUCCAUCACCUUGAAAGUUCUGAGGAGGCCCUGGGUGGCAGUGGCGGUGGUGGCCCGUCAGAUGCUGCUGCUUGCUGCUGGCUCCCCAGCGCUCUCUUCGCCCUCAUCUGUGGAAGCACACCUGCUUUGCCUUGCUGCCUGUGCAAAUGUUGGACGUGGAGACAGACUCACACUAAUCCUCAGCUUAGCACAGAGCUGGAGAGCGGAUUUCUGGAAUUUUCCAUCUGAGAAUCUCCAUUUCUGGGGUUUAUCUUGUUCUGUCUCCUGCCUACCAGUGAGGCAUCUCUGUUUCUUCUACUGCUUUUCAGUUCCCUUUCCCCUGGUGUUCUAGUUUCUUUGAGGGGAGACUCACAGGUGACCUGCUGUCAAGACAGCCAGAGGGGCAGGAAAGAGUCAGAGGCAGGCGGGAGAGUCAGGCCACCAGGGAAACAAGGUUGAACAUUCGGAGGAGUGCCACGUAGCACAGGGUGUCCUGAGUCGGGGGAGCAGCUCUCGGCAGCAGGAGUCGUAGUGGCUUGUCUAGUGGAGCCAGGCUUCCAGGAGGGCAACUGACAUGGGUGAAGCCGGCGUCCAGAAACAGGAAGGCUCCAACCAGGAGACAAGCCCUUCCUGGUGCCUCACGUACCUCACGGUACCUUUGCCUUAGAUUUUACCUUUUCCACAGCCGAGCACUGCCACAGGGCAGCUCCCAAGACCACGUGUGCUCUGGGGCCUGGAAAAGGCAGGCACAGUCAAGCAGUAGCCAGCUGUCAUGGUGCUGCCUCCUCACCCCUGGCUUCUAGAUGCAGCCUUUUGGGUGAACUCUGGGAAACUCCAGAAGUUGGGGAAGGAUGAGGAGUCAUGAGCAUCUGCCUCUCUUGGGACUGGGUUUUUCUGGGGACCCUCAUUACUGACACUCUGCUCCAGAGUAGGAGGUUCCAGCGGGUUGGACUGCUGGUUCUUUUCCUACUUUGAGACGCACUGCUCAGUGGAAAGGAGCGAGAUGAGUCCCCAGAGCAUCACUUCUUCCCAUCUGGGCAGUGGCUGCCAGCUUGCAGCAGCCUGGGAGGGCAGACCCUCCCUGGCUGACGGGCUUGAGCUGUGGUACACAGCUACCUGGCGCUCCCAUGUGACAGAGGAGACUCUAGGCCCUCGGGAUUGGGGAGAACGGCUCCUGUGGCUUGUGCUCAGGGCUGAGUUUUAAAGGGUUUGCUGGCCCUAAAGCUGCAGCACCUGCUCAGUGAGUCAGGGCCCUUUCUGAUCUUGUUUACACCUGUUGCCCAAUCCUGGGCAGAACGGUACACGCUCUGUGCACGUUGGAGGAAGGAAAUGCCUAAGAGGAGGGAAACACCACCUAGCUGCCUGUUAGCAGCUUAGCAAGCCCUGCUCCCUGGGACGAGAGGUGGAGAAAGACCACCGCUUGAGUCCAGGGAACCCAGCACCUGACCAUCCGGAGUCGCUGCCUGGCACUCAGGAGAUGGUGUGCGGCAUGAAGGGCUCUUGCUUCCAAAGCCAUUGACGGGAAUGAACUGGAGGUCCCGCUAAGAGCUAGUUACAGCCAAAACUGGGUGCCUCCCACCGCCCCCAACAAUUGUUUGCUUCUCAAUAGCAGGUAGCUCCCGCAGCCCCCGAGCUUGCUCUGGCAGCAGGAGAACGGGAGGAAGGCUGGAAGGGCUGAGAAAUGCAAAAGGCUCAGAAUAUUUAUAAAUCCCACCCCGAGUGGGGAGGGGCGGGUACCAGACCUGGACUGCGCGAACGAAAGAGCCCGUGAGUUCUCCUGAGAGACAGGGACUGUGCAGCCCAGAACUCCCAGCCACGGUGCCCAGCAGGGCGAGCCAUGCCAACAGCCCUGCAGACAGGCCACGGGAAUCCCAGCGAGCCUGUCCUUGCUGGGCAAUGGCUGUGGGCUGCUGGGUUUUGCUGAUAACAGGUAGGAUGGGACCCUUCAUUAAUAUUUGACUUUAAUAAGUUGGUAAGGAUAUAUUUUUUUUGUCUAUGUUCUGUUUCAACUUAUGUAGAUUAUUAUAUUGAUGUAAACCACGUGACAGGAAAAUGUUAAUAAAAAAAUGCAAAGCCCCAACAUUUGCACACAACUCA